AUGUCCAAACGGUCGUGGGAUGAAGCUCUUCGGGAUGACGAAUCAUCAAUACAGCCUCCUUCGGGGGUUCGGAGGUAUUCGCUCGUCGAGCAAAGACAGGCUUCUGCCAACGCUGUCCCAAGCAGCGAUCUACUACCCCAAUUUAUUCCCAACAUUUCUAGAAAGGUGAAGGCUUGUGCAGCAUGUAGGAAACACAAGAUCAAGUGCAUAAUGGACGAGUCUGGUCCCCCUUGCCGGAGAUGUGACGAGAAGAAACUCGGCUGUGUGUUGAACAAGAGUCUUCAGACUUUGAUAAGCGAGCGCUCAGAAUCAUCUCAGGAACUGGUACAUGAUAUCGAAAUGAUGCACAGUCAUCUCCAAAAAGUCCUGAGCAGUCUGAAUCUGCCUCCUCUUGGCCGCUUACAGAGCUCGAAACAGAGACUGCAUACUCCAAGCUCCGAGGAACUAAAUCACUUUCACCGUGAGGAUGAAGUGCUACCAUCGUGUGAUGCCUCACCAAAAGCCUUACCUGAGGAUGAUCAUGAUCUACCAAAGCCCCCGAUACAGUCUCUAUAUCACCUAACCAAGCUCAGCGCUCUGCGGUCUCCAGACACCACCGAAUCAAAUGAGGUACCAAGGCAGCACGGUGCAGCCAUAGAUGACUUUAUUUCGAGAGGAAUAUUACCACUCGAAGAAGCUCAACGUCUUUUCAGCCUCUACAUGAAUCAUUUGGAUCAUUUCAUGUAUGGCAUCGGUGGGCGGCAUAAGACGUUGGAAGCGUCAAGACGUAGUAGCCGCAUCCUCACCGCCUCGAUACUGACAGUCGCUGCGUUACAUGAUCACCAAGGAAACUCUCUCUAUGGAAUAUGCAGCAAAGAGUUCAGGCGUCAACUUGCAUCUUCAUUUCUCAAUCGACAUAUUGACAGAGACUACUUGAGAGCCAUGUGUAUUGCCUCGUACUGGCUCUCGGAGAUCAACUGGACCGUCUCAGGGUAUGCAAUCCGGCGGGCCACAGAGUUCAAUCUCAUGAGCCAUUACAACAGAGCAAUCAAUGACGGCAAUGAAGAGUCGGCAGACUUUGUUCGGCUGUGGUAUGUGAUGUAUAUCUGCGACCAGCAUUUGUCAACGCUGUAUGAUCGGCCCUCUGUCAUCCGUGAGGACCCUGUCAUUCAAGGCUGGGGUGCUUUCCUCCAAUCGUCCACCAGAACCAAUGAAGACAAGCGCCUUGUAAGCCAGGUUGCAUUGUUGAAUAUUAUUCACAAUAUUCAUGACCUCUUCGGGGCCGAUAAGGGAGAGCCUGUGCCACAAGUCUAUCACACGCAGAUCGCCAGCUUCGGGCGCCAGCUUGAUCAAUGGCUUCGAGAAUGGUCCACGGCACUUCCAGAGCACCAUGAGCACAUUGGGCGGUUUCCUCGAAAGGGAGUUUUGUUGCACUAUCAUUUCACCAAGUUGCAUUUAUACAGCCACGUAUUUCGCGGGCUACAAAACGCCGACAUUCCGCCGCGGUUCCUGGAUUCUGCUGCUUCUGCAACCACGGCCGCUGUCGCGAUCAUCAACACCUUAAUCAGUGACCCGGAGAUUCGGCCCGCUCUGAUCGGCAUACCCUCUUACAUGCAUUCCAUGACGGCUUUCGCAGCCAUGUUCCUGGCAAAGCUGGUCAUGACGUACGGCGACCAGCUCCUCGAAAGGACAGUCGUCAUUGAUUUGAUCUCCAAGCUUAUUGACUUGUACCACUCGACUGCAGCUGGCAAAUUUCACCUGGUGAAUAUGAUGGCAAAAGGACUGGAAAGGAUAGUCAAGACCUUGAAGGAGUCCUACCGACAGCAAGAAGUGAACAGAAGUAUAGAUGUCUCGUCAGCUACGCUAGAUCCAAACGCUUUUCCAGACUUUGGAGAUUUGGGAUUGGAUGGCGAAAGUGCCUUGUUCGACGCAAGCUUUCUGACGGACUUUGACAUGAACCUUGGUGCUUCGAUAAUACACCUUGGCAACGGUCCAACGGCAUUUGAAACGACCGAUCUUAGUCCACGUUUGCUAUAG